AUGGGUCCCUUGCAAUUCAGUCCAGAGUUUGGUCUCUCCUUCUCUGCUCCCCCAACUGCCCUCACCCGACCAAACCCUACUUUCUCUCUCCACUCGUCGCCGUCGCCGGUGCCGGCGCUGCUCGAUCAGCACAUUGGCAGCGGGUACUGUGGAAUGGCGGCCAUCCAAUGCUCUAAAAUCCUAUCUCCGGUGACUGAGGUUCGCUUUCCUGUGAUGGGGUGCACAGUACCGUGGAAAACAAGGACACAUAUAAAAAGUGGUCCAAAUGUUCGUGGCCGCUUACUUGGGCUCAGGGUCUUGGCCGUGUCCGGUGACGGCAGUACCAACAGUAGUAAAAAGUCAGCGGCCCCUAAUUCGAAUUAUGUGGUGCCUCUUGAUAAGUCGUCCAGUAUCACUAGGCCUCUUGCCGAGAUUCUCCGUGACCUCAACAAGCGAGUCCCUGAUAACAUUAUCAAGACGCAGAAUGAUCAACCCACCUUUAUUCCCUGGUACCAGGCGAACCGCAUGCUGAGCUUUUAUGCUCCAGGUUGGUGUGGAGAAAUUCGAGAUGUUAUUUUCUCGGAUAAUGGAAGUGUGACUGUUGUGUAUCGAGUGACAGUACGAGGUUCGGAUGGUGAG